AUGCAGGGGUUUACGGCCAAGAAAAUCGAUCAUCUGCAAUUCUCUCAACAGUGGCGAUUGUUGAGAAGAAGAGACCCUUCUCUGCUACUGCAGCAGCAGCAGCAGCAGCAGCAACAGCAGCAACAGCAACAGCAACAGCAGCAGCAGCAAGAGCAGCAGAAGGAUAUGUGUCACAACUGUAGGACCAACUGCAGCAACUGCAGCAAGUACAGCAAGACCAACAACAACAGCAGCAGCAGCAGCAGCAGCAGCAAAUGCACAAAGAACAGCCCAACCACCCCCAUCACCACCACCAGCAGCAGCAGCAGCAGCAGCAGCAGCAGCAGCAGCAGCAGCAUACGUAUACUAGGGUCAGCUUGUGCUGCUUCUUGGGAGAUUUUAUCUAAUGUCUUUAUAGGCUCAUUACGAUUAGAUAAACCUCCUCCUCCUAAUGCAGCAAAUGAUGUUAUGCUGCUCCCUGUCUGCAGCAGCAGCAGCAGCAGCAACAGCAGCAGCAGCAGCAACAGCAGCAACAAUAGCAGCAACAGCAGCAGAAGAAGAAGAGCAAUUGAAUAA